AUGGAGGAGAGUUUCUUCCAUACCUCGUUUCAGGAUAUCGGCAAGAAACUCAAAGCUUGCAAUGAUACUUUGGGUGAGCUCCAGCAGCUUGGCGUGUCCCAUGACGUGCAGCUACCCGAGCUUGUCCUUGUUGGCGAUCAGUCGGCAGGCAAGUCCAGUCUAAUGUCCGGCCUUGCCAACCUGGAUCUGCCCCGGAGUGAAGGCGCAUGCACUCGAUGCCCUCUGCACAUCCGCGUUUCUCGCAACGCCGAAUGGUCGUGUCGUGUUUGGCUCCGUAAAGAGUACUCGUACGGAUCAAUCCCCAACCGCCCCAUACACGAAUCCGAUGUCACGAACAAUGACCCCUUCUUUCCCUGGCGAAAGCGGCCCAGCACUGCUGUUUUGGAGUUUAAAACUAUGCACGACAAGAACGAGAUUGAAGAAGUCUUACGCUGGGCCCAGAUUGCAAUCUUAAAUGAUGACAAGCCUCCCAUUCUCUUCGUCCCUGGACGAGGUUCCAUUGCCAUGAACACACCCAUCGACAAGGCGGCAGAAGAGACUUUGGCAAAAUUCUCGCCCAAUGUUGUUUCCCUAGAGAUAAAGGGCCCCGAUUUGCCUGAUUUAUCCUUUUACGAUAUGCCUGGCAUUUUUCAGAAUCCAGCGGAUGCCAACGAUGAGUACUUGGUCAACGUGGUUCGAAAUCUCUCAAGCGCUUACAUUCAACACCCCUCUGCCAUCAUUAUUUGCGCCAUGCCAAUGAAUAGUGAUGCUGAAAACUCGGCAACCUUUGGUCUCACUCGCAGAUUGCAAGCAAAGGACAGAACUAUCGGAGUGCUGACCAAGGCAGAUCUCUUGCCUGACGGCGGGAAUCACUCCCAGUGGCUCGAAAUCAUGAAGGGGCAAGCUCAUUCAACCGGCUUGGGGUAUUUUAUAACCUCUCGCCCACAGGGCAAAGAUUUGGAAGAAUUAAAAAAAUGGGAGGAAAGAAUGUUCGAAGACGAGUCUGUCGACAAAUGGCCCGACGCCUUUCAUGCGUUUGUUGACCGCUGCGGUGUGGAAAGACUCAAGGCCUUCCUCUCAGAGCGGUUGGGCGAGGAAUUUGCGAAAAGCUUGCCCAACAUCAAACACAAAGUCAAAUACCAUCUCGAUAAAGUCACCAGACAGCUGGCCAACCUUCCCGAGCUCCCCCAUAACGUGGAGCUAGAGAUCCAGACAUGCCUCAAUAGUUUUGCCGAUAGUGCCCGGCUCAAGAUUGACGAGUUUGCAGCUCGUAUCAAUAGUCUGCCCACCAAUUUCCGAGACUGCCUCUUGGAGAUUAAACCCAAGUUUACGCUCAAGGACCGAACAGAUAUCCAAGUGGUUGAGCUCAUUGACGAUGAUGAGUCCGAUGCGGCGUCUGUUGGUACUGCCACGACCAGUUUUGUUACUCCCUCAAAACGACGACAUACGGCACCACAAACAACGCCGUCGAACAAACGGACGAGAACGGAUCUUGCUGUCAAUGGGACACCGAACAUGGUCAAGCCCGAGGAAGCCGGCAUUGCUAAUGGCAACAGCUUUGGCCCUUCUCAGCCUGUGCCACCACAACCGAGACAAGGUCUUCCAGAACCAUUUACCCAAUUUAGCGACGUCGGCCGAGGAUUUCGCACACUCCGAGCAGUGAAGGAAGAGAUUCAAGCGAAGAUGAAGGCAGGCAUGCCAAGCAUCAUUCCACCGGAUGUCUACAACGAUUUGGCCAUGGAGGCUAUCAGACCGUGGAAUGGACCCACCACGGUAUAUCUGAAAGAAGUAAUUCGUCAGCUCCAAGCCGAACUCGAUUCGGCACUGAACAAGUCUCUCGAGAACCUGAAGAAGCGGUUCAUAUAUACAGAAGCUAAGCGGCACCUCAAGAGCUGCUUAGAUGAGCACUGGAGAAAGACACAAUUAGAACUUGAUGAGCUCUAUAACGAUGAGGCGGAAAGAGUCAUGACGUACAACACUGAAGCGUUUGAUCAGUGUCUCAAAAGCGAGCGAGCCGUGCUGACUCGAUUCCGCCACCAUAUGAGAAUGAUGGGAGCUGGCUACGCACAAAAGUCUCUUGUGCCGUGGGAGGUCUUGACGGAGGAAAAACAAGUCCAAGAGAUCAAGCGGCGGGAGUCGGAGCAAACCAAACUGAAGCCGGAUGAAUUCGAGCGGGAGGUUGAGGUUGUUUCGUACGUUAGGGGAUACUAUAAACUCGCCGCCCUACGAUAUUCCGAUGCUGUAACGCAGCGUAUUGUCUGCCGCAUGAUCCCCGCAAUUCGACGACAGCUUCGCAACUAUCUCGAUGACAAACUUGGCGUGCGUGGCUCAGACUCGACGGGUGUCUAUGAGAAGCUCAUGGAUGAAGACGCGGCGACGGCUGCCAAGCGUGAAAUGCUCAAGAUGGAACAGGGCAAGUUUAUUCAGGCGCUGCAGAGCAUAGAGGACCUCGAGUCGGGAAAACUGUCGGACACGGCCAGCGUUAUUGAGUACAGCGGCGUGCAGUCGGAACCGGUUUUACGGCGGCGCGAGUCGGAUGCGACAAUGGAGAAUGAUGUUCACUAUGAUGAGGCGUAG